UAGAGCAGCAUGUGAAUAAACUAUCCUCUGCUGAGAUCAGCUGUCGGGGGGCAAAGUUUAACACGUUGCCUAUGAGCCGGUAUGAUCGCAUUGUCACCUUCUCCAUCCGCAGCACAUUGAAGCCCAUAGAAAUGACCAAAAAUGGGAAGGCGUGGAGUGGCUCUUACUGAUUGUGAGCCCCUUCUGAAUGGAAAGUCUGCAGCCACAUUGUGUGUGCGGGGGAAGCGAGGCUUCGGGUUUCCUAUAUUGUUUCUCUUACAAAUGGUAAUCGUUUCCUGACAGAAUCCGCGCGCUCUCACAAUUGUUUUAUCUCUUCCCAUUUGCAUGAGCCGUGGUCUGGAGCAGUCACCCUGGUCUGGAGGGCAUCAGAUGAGCUCAUAGAGAAUGAGAGAGAACUGGUCUAACUAGUAUGUGAGGCUGGUCGCCUCCUCCGGGCUUACUGCCUGUCUUCCUGCGCUCUGCCUUACAUGCUCAAGUCCUUAGACCCGUGCACCAUGCGUCAUCUGCCCGGGAGAGGGGUCACAAGGCUGUCCUCUUCUCCCCUAAGAACAAGCCCGUCCUGGUCCAUCGCCGUGUCCGCAGCGGGGUCCCUGUGAGGUCUUGAUUCUGGAAAGAUCAUUUACUGUAUAUUCUGUGGAAACUUGAACAGCAAAUCUGAGGAAAAUGGCGACCGACUCUGGAGAACCAGCAAGCACCGAUGAGUCGGACGAACCAGCUGGAUUUUCAGCGGAAAAAAAUCUCGCCCCUCAGGACUCUUCUCUGGUCCGACAUGUCAGCCUGGAAGACGGCGAGAAACCUCUCUCCGCUUCAGGGACUAGCGAGCGGAAGCGAUUUUUCAGAAAGAGCGUCGACAUUACUGAAGAUGACACAAUGCUGGAGCAACCCAUCAAAGAGGAGAAGGUCGCCAACUGUGAGGGCAAGCCGCAACGGGACCACCCCAUGGCGAAUGCCGUUGGAGUAGGCCAGGAUGAUAAGCACGAACCGAAAGUGGUAUUGGAUGCCAGCAAGGACUCCCCUAGAGAGAAAACCGAGAAGGAAAUGGAGGAAGAGGCUGAAAUGAAGGCCGUGGCGACGUCCCCCGGUGGCCGAUUUUUGAAGUUUGACAUUGAGUUGGGCCGUGGGGCUUUUAAGACAGUCUUCAAAGGCUUGGACACUGAGACUUGGGUAGAAGUUGCUUGGUGCGAGCUGCAGGACCGGAAACUAACCAAAGCAGAGCAGCAGCGGUUCAAAGAAGAAGCCGAGAUGUUAAAGGGGCUCCAGCAUCCGAACAUUGUGCGUUUUUAUGAUUCCUGGGAAUCCUCACUGAAGGGAAGGAAAUGCAUAGUCUUAGUGACGGAGCUGAUGACGUCUGGCACUUUAAAAACAUACUUGAAACGAUUCAAAGUAAUGAAGCCCAAAGUGUUAAGAAGCUGGUGUAGGCAAAUCUUGAAAGGGCUGCAAUUCCUCCACACCCGGACUCCGCCUAUAAUCCACCGUGACCUGAAAUGUGACAACAUCUUCAUCACGGGGCCCACUGGUUCUGUGAAGAUCGGAGACCUUGGUCUGGCCACAUUGAUGCGGACGUCCUUUGCAAAGAGUGUAAUUGGAACCCCAGAAUUCAUGGCCCCAGAAAUGUAUGAGGAGCAUUACGACGAAUCUGUGGAUGUCUAUGCAUUUGGCAUGUGCAUGUUGGAAAUGGCUACCUCAGAAUAUCCGUACUCUGAAUGCCAGAACGCAGCUCAGAUCUACCGCAAAGUAACCAGUGGUAUUAAGCCUGCCAGUUUUAACAAAGUGUCUGACCCGGAGGUAAAGGAAAUUAUAGAGAGCUGCAUACAGCAGGAUAAGACCGAAAGAUUAUCUGUUAAGGAGCUCUUAAACCACGCGUUCUUUGCCGAAGAUACUGGGCUACGGGUCGAAAUAGCAGAGGACGAUGAUGGCACCAGCUCUUCUCUAGCUUUAAGACUCUGGGUAGAAGAUCCUAAAAAGCUCAAAGGAAAACACAAAGACAAUGAAGCUAUAGAAUUCAGCUUUAACUUGGACCUAGACAAUCCAGACGAAGUGGCUUAUGAAAUGGUAAAAUCUGGGUUUUUCCAUGAAAGUGACAGCAAGGCCGUUUCAAAAUCCAUACGUGAUCGAGUUUCCCUAAUCAAGAAGACAAGGGAAAGGAAGAUCCUGGCUGAUCGCAUAGAGGAGCGCCGGGAUUCACAGAGCAAAGCUGUUGGGGCGCUGGUAACGCAGACGAGCAUCCCCGUUCCUGCUGGAGCAUCACAGGCAGCAGUGAAUGAGAGUGAGGAGACUGAGGUGGAUCAGCAUGUGCGCCAGCAACUCCAGCAGCAGCAAUAUCAGCAGUGCUCGUCUGUUACAGCUGAUAGCUUGUGUGAUGUAGGCGGAGGGUCUAUCACGCUGUCGGAUGCUUCUAGUCAGCACAGCGCCAUCUAUGCUACAUCCCACGAAGCAAUCGCCAUACAGCAAGUCCCGGGCAUGCCUCACACUGAGCCCAGUCACAUGGUGCAGUUCUAUCCGCCGCAGCACGUCAUGGGACACUAUCAGCAGACGCAAGCGAUGCCCAUGGCACAGAUGUUGCCUGUGCAGUGCAUGCCUCAGCCGUGCUCCCCAUACCAACAGUUACCAGUGGUGGACGGACAGCUGAAUGCACAGUCUGUGGACACACAAAUGGCAUUUGCAGCAGAAGGCAAAACUCUUCCUCAUUCCAACACACUAGACACUUCGGUAUUGCAACCUGCAAUGUCUGCAUUAUCGCCUCAAAUAAUGUCUUCACAAAUGGCAACUCAGCAGACCAGGGCUGGCCUUCCACUCGAUGUUUGCGGCUCAACAGGUGUGCAAGUUCCGACAGAGAUACAAGUUCCGACACUCCUCCCUGUAUGCCAUCCUACUGUGCUAAAUCAGUAUGGCCCACAGAAUGUGAUGCAUCAGACCCAACAUGUAACGGGGGUCCAGGGUAACGUUCAGCAACAUCAAGUGGCUGCGGUGCAGCAGCCGAUGCCUUCUCAAGACCAUUUGGCGUACUCCUCAAGUUUACAGCAAGGACAGAACUUUACCAUGCAGCCACACCUAGAGCAGCUGCAGAGCUCCAACUCUCAGAUCUCGUACCAAAGUCCAUUGAUGCAACAGCCCAUUGUGGAACCAACUCCGAAAAUAAUACACUCCACUGCCGUCGGACAGGAAACUGUUGUGCAGCAAGUGCAAACUGAACAUCCACAUGAGGUAGAACAUUUGCCAUUCCCAGCUCCAAUAUCCACUUUCCCUGAUGCUACUGGACACACACAGCUGAUUGUGACUUCAUCUAUACAUGAGCAGCUUCCAAAUAACCAGCACCCACUGUCACAAAUGCCUGUGCAGCAGCCGUCCUGCGUUCAGCCACUGCACAUGGCCAAACCUUCUGUGGUUGAACAGCCAGUGUUUCCUCCACUUGUAGGAGCACCUUCAGAGCAGUUUCCCACCCAUCCUGCAGAGCAGCCUCUUUACAUCCAGAUUCCUCCUAUGGAAAUGUAUGGUCAACCACCUGUUGUGGCCACAGAACAGGCUCUUAUUGCUCAGAAACCAGCUGCACCAGCCGAGCAGGCUCCUUUUGUGCAUCAAACCGGAGUCUUGCCUGAGCAGCUGAUAUACAACCCGCAAAUUAUGCAAUCUGCAGACCAGAUACAUUACUUACAGCAAAAUAUACCUAUGCCCGACCAGUUCGCUCAUGCCCAGCAGGCUGUUUAUCCACCACAGUCUUUGCUGCCUGAAAAGGCUACAUCCGCAGAGCAGCUUAUGUACGUACUACAGGCUACAUCGACUGAGAAUCCAGUAUAUAUCCAGCAAACGUCAUCAGCUGAGCAGCCAGUAUAUUCUCAAUCAUCCUCUGAACAGAAUAUGUAUGCCCAGCAAUCCGUACCGCAAGCCCAAAAUCUUGGCUAUGUCCAGCAAGUUGUUCAUCCAGCUGAGCAGCCUGUGUAUGCGCAGCAAACUGUACCUCCACCAGAGCAUGCUGCGUAUUCUCAGCAAGUCAUUGCUCCAGCUGAGAAACCGUUGUAUGGCCAAAUCGUAUAUGCCCAGCAAAGCUUGCCACUAAAUGUUGAACAGCCGCCAGUGUGUUCCCAGCAAAGCGUGACCCUGCCUGAACUGCAAGCAGUAUAUGGCAAACAAGCUGGGCUCCAACCAGAGUUGCAAACUGUAUAUACCCAGCCAGCUGUACCCCCAUCCGUAGAGCAGCAGCCUGUCUAUGCCCAGCAUGCCGCACCACCAACUGAACAGCCCAUGUAUAGUCAGCAUUUAAUACCUACGGCUGACCAGCCUGUAUAUGUUCAGCCGGUGUGUACCCAGCAUGUGAUGCCACCAUUGGAUCAGCCUGUGUGUGCACAACAUAUAGCGCCCCCAAUAGAGCAACCUCUAUGUACACAGCAUGCAGGACCUCCAACUGAGCAGCCUGCUUAUGCCCAGCAUGUCGUACAACCAUCUGAACAGCCAGUUCAUGUGAUGCCACAGUCUGAGCAGCCUGCAUAUGCACAGCAUGCAGUGGCGCCUUUGGACCAGCCAGUAUAUGCCCAGAAAGCCGACAUAUAUGCAGAUCAGCUCAUGUAUAACAAUGAGCACGUCCCUCCUAGUGAGCAGCCAUAUAGCCAGCAAGCUGUGCCAUCGUCUGACAGUUCAGCUUAUGUCCAGUCAUCUGUUGGCCCUUCCCCUCUAGAGGUUUAUACCCAGAAUCUAACUCCUUCAGUUGAUAAGCAAGGAUAUCCUCACCCUGCACCUCAACCUCUGCUUAAUAAACACCUAGUCACUGCUGUGGACCAGCUGGCCUUUACACAACAUGGGGCUGAGCAACAUAUACAUAGACCUGUCUCACCGGCGGUCCUAACAAUGGACCAGGCGUAUAUACAGCAGACUUCUACUGCUGCCGAUCAAAAACUGUAUGCCCAGCAGACUGGGGCUCAGUCUAAUCCAGUCAUAUAUAGUUCUCCACCCGUAUAUGCAGCAAUGCAGCAUGCCCCUCCCGUUUCAGAAAAUCCAGUGCUGUACGGCCAUGCCACCCCAUCUUCUGUGCAUGGGCACUUGCCGUCUUCGGAUAUGCAGGCCUAUGCUCAGAAUUCAAUACCUUCUUCAGAAAUCCUGGCGCACGCCAUGCAUACAUUAACAGCUGCAGAAACGCAGGGUUAUGCUGCGCAUGUAAUACCAACACACCUUCAGCUGCAGAAAACUGCGACCCCUCCGCAAGAUCACAGACCUGAAGGCCAGGAAGAAAAUGCCAUUUAUUUACAGCAGUCUGUACAGUCUCCAGAUAAAGCAGGCUUAUUGGUUCAGUCGAAUGUUGAACAGCAAGCUGUUCCAUUUUGCUAUUCACAAGCUGGAUUCCUUCCUUACGAACACGAUCCGAGCUGCCAACCGCAGCAGGAUGGUCAUCAAAGUAAUCAAAGUGUUCAAGCACAAGCUUCUCUUCCCACCCAAGAAACUUAUCUGCAGUCACAGCAUCCCCCCGUGCAAGCAUACGAGCCACAGAUGAUGGACAAUGUGCAGGUAAUGGCCGGAAUGCUUCCUGCAUCUCACAACAAGGACGCUUUGCACCAGGUUUCUUCAAAUCAAGUUCAUUCUGCUUUAGAGCAGCCAACGCCACAUCUCCAACCUGACAACCAUGAAUCAUUACAACAGCCUGGCUACCUUAAUCCUGUGUCGCAGCAGUCGUCCCUGAUGUUAGCCGGUGCCGAGACUGUUAUUCCUCAGGAUGCGUACCAGCUUCCUGCUCAAACCCAUCAGCCAGAUGUCAAGUACCAGCAGGCACAUCCGGCAGAACUCUCUGGUGUUCAGAAAGUCGACCCUGUUCAACAUGCCCAGGCUGACUAUCCCAGGGACAGCACUGCCAUUGCUGAUGGACCCAUUGGAAAUGGCAAGAAUGAAAAGAUGAAGCAACGGCGGGCUUCUUGCCCCAGGCCGGAUAAAAUGACUCACUUCAAUCUGUCCUUCCUAGGGGUCUCAAACUUUGGCGAUAACAUGGUGGAGUGCCAACUGGAGACUCACAACAACAAGAUGGUCACCUUUAAAUUUGAUGCAGACGGUGAUGCCCCAGAGGACAUUGCCCUUUAUAUGGUUGAAGACGACUUUGUACUGGAAGCUGAGAAAGAAAAAUUUGUGGAGGAGCUGAAGCUGAUUGUAACCGAAGCACAGGAGAUACUGCGCAGUGUUCCAGCGGAAGGGCGGGCUGAACUUGCCCCAUCAGAGUCAACCAGCCAAACGGGAUCUUCUGAGCAUGUGCAAGUGGCAGCUCCGCCAUCUGCCCCAACUGGAGGGGACUCUAUGCAACAGUCGUCACCCGUAGGUCGAUGGAGGCUUUUCAUCAACCAGACGAUUAGAAACCGUGAAGCCCACUCUUUUGUCACCCAGACUGCAGUGACCAGAGUUCCUCAGCAAGCUACAGGACCACAUAAUGAAGCAAGGCGCAGUCUUCCUGAUGAUCUCUCUAGUGCUAAGCAAAGCUGCCCCUUUCAGACUGGGCACAUUAUGCUCUCUACAUCCUCCGACGGCCAGGUUUCUUCCAAAGAAGCUGCGCCUCUGGUAGUUACCACUCGCGUGUUAAAUGGUAAUGAAGUCCUGUCCUCUACUGUCAAUAACAGUAGCUCAGUAGCAGGGCAGAUUCAGAAAGAGCCUGAAGUCUAUGGCAAUAAUAUAGCUGUGGUGACAGAAGCUCAGCAUCCAGCCGUUCAUGGUGGUAUUGGUCAGGAUGCGCAAGUGGCAGACGGUGGUGCUUACACAGCGGAGUCCGUUGUGCAGCCACCUUCUGGUCCCAUGGCUGCUCAGAACCCCUCGGGUAUGUCUCUUGGGCCUUUAAAGUCAGACAGUGUUGGACCUUCAGAAACUCCUUACUAUCCGCAGACGCCCGUCUCUGAAGCGUCACUUGUGCAUUCUGCUUCAGUUGUGGAGUCUGACAAUGAAGGUCCACCCAAAAUCGAAUAUUCUGAUAACUGCAUCAAAACCCUUGAUGAAAAAUUGAGAAACCUGUUAUAUCAAGACAGCUCUGCCAGCUCUUAUGCCGACAGCCAGAAGGAGACGCAGAGUACAGAGUCACCCCUUUCAUCUUCUGCUGAGGAUACCCUGUCUUGUCCUGCCCCUGAAGCCGUCAGUGUGGAUGACACCAGUGUUCAGGCCACUCCGGAGCAGACAGAGCCUGUUCAUCCCCUGCCAGUCAAAGCUGCUGAAGCGGUCGUUGCAGUUCCCGAUGUGUUAACGCCAUCUGAAAGCUCUGAAGACGCCUGGCACCCUGGAAUUUCUUCUCAUUCCUGCACCAAACGCUCUAUGGGCGCCGGAGCCUCGCAUCUACAGACAGGAGCUGACGAUGACGGCGUGAGACGAGAGGUACCCGACGCUGCACAGAGGGUGGUAGAAGCACUGGCCGAAUGUGCCUUGUCUGAGGGAACCUCAUCUGGAACCAGUGCCUUCAAACGUGGACGUUUUCAGGUUGUGACAGUUCCACAACAAGAGCAGUCAGUUGCCGCCAAAUCUCCCAGUAUUCCCUCCACUUCCCUGCCGUCAGAGAAAACCAUUUCUGCAGAAGAGAUGGAGUCUGCCGCCACUAGAGCUGUGGAGACGCCGCAGUCUGCCAGCACAGCUUGUGAGACAGAUACAUCUUCUCUUACCCCUGAUCGGGAACUGGAAGAAACCUCCGUCACAUGCAGCAGCGCCCCAUCUAGCUCAGCACUGUGGAUGAAAGAAAUCAAGAAGGAAAGCUUUACAAAGCAGCCUAGUAGUGACUCGGAAAUGUCUGCAGCUCCGGGUAAAGCCCUGGAGACUGGACAGAACUGCCUGGGAGAAAAGGCCUUCACCCAAAAGCAGAACUCCCUUCUCUACUCUCCAUCUUCUCCCAUGAGCAGUGACGAUGAGUCAGAAUUAGAGGAUGAGGAUUUAAAGGUGGAACUGCAGAAACUUCGGGAAAAGCACAUUCAGGAGGUGGUGAGCUUACAGGCCCAGCAGAACCGAGAGCUACAAGAAGUAUAUACACGCUUGUGGGCUUUAAGGGAUAACAAAGCACAGACCUCUGACAGUCCUUCCCAGCCAAUGUCCCCACGUCGUCCCAGGUCUCUGAAGAGUAAGCAGCGCAGCCGGCCACAGUCCAUGACCCACAUGGAUAAUGGGAUCGGACAUUCAGAUCAGCAGUGUAGUGAGAGUAACUCGGAUGCCUGCCAGCAGUCGACCUUUGAGAAGAAGAGCCUGUUCACUGACGAUCUGCAUAAGCUGGUGGAUGACUGGGCAAAGGACAAUGCAGGCAACAUGCAUCAAAAACCUAGCCUGAAUCAGAUCAAACUGAACCAGAACCGCCCAGAGGCAGAUGGUUGGAGUCGGGGUCAUGAGGCUUCAUCGGUCACAUUAAACUUCACGUCCACCUGGGCCCCCCCUUUGUCACAGAUUCAUGGGACUGUUCCGGCUGCUAUCUCGCCGUCACUCGUUCCCAAUUUUACAUCCAGUGGCAUUUCAUCCUACCCAAUACCGCAUGCCUGCCAGCUCAAUGCAAUGGGCACCGCAGGCUACCCUGUACAGUGGCCUAGCCAAACGCCAGGCCUUCCCGCACAGCACCUUGCAGCAGCAUACCAGCCUGGAAUCGGAAUGCAAGCAUUUCCCUCCGCUACAGCUCAGAAAGCUGCUACAAUCCCAACAUCCCCCAAAUGAUCCCUUUAAAAGACUGUAGAACUUUCUCUGGGAUUUCCCUGCCUUCCUGUACAGACUUCAUCGGACCCCCACUCGCCGUUUCUUUGGUUGUUUUACCUCUUUGGUUGGUUGUGAUACAAAGGGUGUGCUGUUAUUUCCCCUCUCUCCCGUUAACGGGGGAUAUCCCCCCCCCCCCCCUCCUUUUCUACGUGCUGUGUUGUGUGAAUUGGGUUUGAACGUACCCUCGUUGCUCCACCUAGUCAUCCUGCAAUGUGAUUUCACUUUUCACUUUUUACUUUGACAAACCUUUCGAGGCCACCUCCCGAGCCUUUGUACAAGGUUACACAGCACAACAAUGUCUCCUUUCUACUAGAAAAUCCUCUUUUGGCUUCUUGGGGGCUCCCCAUGUUUGUUUGGAGGGUGGUCAACGACCUCCCUGGAAAUCUUUUUUUUUUUUUUUUGUAUUCAGUGAUUCCAUUUCAGAAUCUCCUAAAACAGAAGCUUCCUACACCAGCUCCGGAAUAAUGUGAAUUGUUAAUGCUGUUGUGCAUUUUGGAUGCUUUCUACCCAGGCAAGCGGUACAGUCUCCGACGGCAACAAGCUUUAUUGGCUCCAGAGCAGGGUCACUCGGUUUCUUCAUCUGCUCUGGAGCACAAUGUCUCUCUGGCUUCACCUGCAUGCAUUUAAAGCCCCCCAUUUCCCCCCUCUCCGGUACCUCCUGAUAACAUAGAGGCCUUCUAGCUUCUGUCUUUCGCACAACUGCUGCUUCUGCUUUGCCCGCAGACUCUUGCUGUGCCUUGGGGGGGAUAUUGUACAGUCUGCCGUCUUUUGAAUUUGAUGACCUGCCAUUUUAGACCCCGCAGCGUACAGGCCGAAGGCACUUCAAGUUCAGCUAGUUUGUAGAUACAUUUUUAUACUAGAAAAAAAACUUUGUUCUGUUUUAUAUAUUUUUUUUUUUUCAUUUCCCAUUUCUUUUUUUACUUCAAUGAGGGCUUAAUGUGAAUGAGGUUUAACAAUGUUGCAGAAAAAUACUCCAUAAACCCAGCGCUUGGGAGCGAGAAGGUAGGAGAAAAGGGGCAUUAAGAAUUCGGAAAGAUACCGGUCGGUGUGCCUGCCGUGGAACUUGGCUGUGGUGCUUGUAGGGACCCCCCGCCUUCAUGGGGUAGGCAUCUGUUCAUCUCAAUGGAUUCUCUAGGUCCUCUAAAGCAGAGAGCCAUGCUAAUUAAAGGUAUGUUGUGGUAAAAAGAGGUUAUCCCUAUCUACGAGGUAGGGAAUAAUUAUUAGAUUGGUGGGGGUCCGACCACUGGGAUCACAAGAACAGCGGUGCCGUACCCCCAGUUGGAAUGGAGCAAUGGUUGAGCAUGUGUAUCGUGACUCCAUUUAAACUGCCGGAUAUAGCUGAACGCUCUAGAGUCGAAGCCGUGGUAGGUGUGCUUGACCAUCGCUCUAUUGCCGCAUAUGUUAUCCCAAUAGCCCAUUUUAGAUCAGUGGGACCCCCACCGAUCUAACAGUCAUCCCCUAUACAGCGCUUAAAGAAUAACUUCUUGUUAUUUGGAAUAACCCUUUAAGGAGGGUAGUGGUCCAAAUCCAUCUUUCAACCAUUUACACAUACUAGCCUUGAAAAAGGUGGCACCUAGGCUUGGGAAAGGCGGGGGUCUCCACCCCAGAACCAGCACCACUCAUGUCUAUGGGCUGUGUCUGGUAUUGUAGCAGAGCUCACUUGGAUGGGGCCCAUGGACAGGCCCUUAAAGGGCACGCCCACGGAUCGAUGCGUUCUAUGGCUCCGGCCUACAGUAAGGUUUCACUGCUGUGAAUUGAUUUUUGCGCAAUAACUAUAAGGUAGCGUGUCUAAUUGCACAUGGGGAAGGUGUGCGUUAACAUGAGCGCUGGUUCCUGUUUUUUGUUUUUUUUUGUGCCCCAAAAAAUCUGAAAUGAUUUGAAACCUUUGUGCAAUGGAGAAUAAGUUCUCGAAGGUUCGGACGGACGGUCCCCACAAUCCCGGAGGAUGGCGCUCCCCGCCAGUGUCAUGUAUAUAUGUACAGUGUCAUUCUGAUGCUCUGCAUGAAUGUAUCAUUUUUCUUUUUUUCUUUUUGUUUUAUCUACCUCGUUUUGUGGCGCCCAUCCUAAAACACAGGAACCGCACUUUGAUGCUUUGUCUCGGAAAGGGUCUUCCCUUUUAUCUCGCCUUCCUUUCUGUUCUUCCUGCAGCUCAUCGAACAGAGUCGCAGCCGGAAGCAGACAUCUGUAGAUUACGGCCUGGGGGGGGGGGGGGCUUUUUGUACAUGGCAUUUCCUAAACUAACUGUAACACAAGUGUCUCUUACUUGCACACUGCUUAGUGACCGGAGCCUUGCCGUCGAUGGUCUGAGUUCGCCCUUCGACUGGAUUGUCUCGAGGCUCAGUGGUUGCUUUCAUUUUUUUUCAUUUUUUUUUGCAUAUAGGGCUAUAUAGCGAUUACUGUAAUUGGAGAGAUCAUCCCCUUCCUGUGACAGGGUCUGGUCUUUCUAGGUGUGUCAUGGCCCAAGCUGAAGAUAGAACUACCAAUCUCUUU